GAGUAAUCUUUCAUGUGAUAUGUCCCGCUUUAUCAUACAUCGCACUGACACACUUUAAUGAGAUUUGAUUGCUUCCGCCCAGGAGUAGGUUUCUCGAUGCAUAUAUACACACGCUCUUUAAACGUUUACUGUUACAAGACACAUUGUAUGUACAUAAAUUGCUCUGGAUGUACAUAAACAUCCUGCAAUAACUGAAGUGGAAUUUGAAGUGGGUUUGAAAUAGUUAUAUUUCAUAUAUGCUUAAAUAUCUGACAUGGAAAAAAUAACACAUUUAUGGAAUGUGAAUCAAUUAAUUACAAAAUUAAAUUGUCCUCAACGUAUGAAUUUACAGACAUUUUACAUAGAAAAAUGUAGAAGACUAAGCCAAGGAGUACAACUACCUUCUAGAAAUUUUGGACCCUCUGUGAUGUGUCAAUAUUGUGGAUCACUUUGGAGUACAGUGGAUUAUAACAUUCGAAUAUCUCAUGCUAAACCACUUUCCAGAUCUGUUAAAAGGGUUGUACAGUCUAUGAAGGACAAUGACAAAAGAAUACCCAAAGUUCGUAAAAAUUUAGCACAGAAAUGUUUAAAAAAUAAAAUGAAUAAAUUAGUACUUAAAUGUUCGGUUUGUUCGAAAAGUACAAAGAUACCUUUUAAUAAACCACAAAGGCUAAAAGUACAGAAAGAAGAUAGCGUCCAAACACCAAAAAGACGUAAAAAGAGAAAGACCAAAGAUAAAACUGCUGGUUUAAAUAUUUCUGGAAUUUUGAAUUUAAGUGCAGAAAAUAUUGUGGAAGGACAGAAAGAAACAGAAGCGAAGAAAGCAAAAAUCACUAGAAACUAUGUUACACCGCCUCAGAAAGUAAAAAAAUUAAAUAUAAAUCGAUUAAAAGACAUUGUGAAUCGCGGUGCAACGCCGCAGAAAAGGGGAAGUCUACAUAGUUUUUUAACAGAACUCUGCUGAAAAU